AUGGUACCGACCCCCUUCCGCAACUUCUUGAAGAAGCCCGCGGCGCCAAAUGGCGGGGUUAUCGAUAGCAACGACGGCAAUCGUCUAUCCGCCGAAAGCCACCGGUCCACGCCUCUAUCCAUCCGGAAAAGCUGCGAGAAUGAACCUCCUGAAUAUAAAUUAAGUGGUACGCCUUUUGCUCUUUCGGAUGGAACGUGUUGUCUAAUCUCUAGUCCAACCUGUUCAGUCGUCGAUGACAACGGCGCCUAUCUACCGGUAUACAGCUCCCUUCCCGGCCAGGUGUAUCCUGGCGACCGUGCGCAUGACCAGAAUCAGGCUAAUAAUCGCGGACGUCAUUCAGCCAUCACCACCGGAGAAAACGAGUCUCUGGCGCAAAUACCCUGGAUCUUCACGAUCAUCAAACAAUCACCGCAAUCUAGUCGAUGA